UAAAAACAUGACCGACUUCAACACCGAAGAAUUCAAAACUUUUACUCAAACUCACGGAACCCAGCUAGAUACCAUUGGACUUCCUCAGCACUUACGCUCUAGGCUAUUCCAGAAGCUUCAAAAGGAAGAGUUUGACAUUGGAAACAAAGUUAAGAUAAUCAUUGAUCCAGAAGGCAAAAAGAUGAUAGGUACUGUCGAGAAGAUAGAUGAAGAAGAAGAUGUCUACCUUAUUGAUCAUGCUUGGACCUUUAGAUAUUAUGAAGCUUACGAGUUUUUGAGGAACAACAAGAAGCUAAGAUACAGAAUGAAGAAUAUUAUUACAGAUGUUGGCAUGACUUGAGAAACAGAUGAAGACUCAGCAAUAGCAGUUCCAGAAGAAUAUAAAGAAGAGAGACCUAAUCUCUUGAAGUAUCUUGAAACUAUGCCUGAUGGACCAACUGUGUAUAACCUUGAUGAUUAUGGUAUCCUUAACCUUGACAACAUUCCCUUUAAAGACGAUGCCACUGAGGUCAGUUUAUUUGGAAAUAAACUUCAUGAUCCUUACACUAUUACGGAGAAUCUUGGAAAGCUGGAAGACCUCAAAGCUCUUUGGUUAAAUGAUAAUCCUAUUGAGGAUAAUUGUCAUAAUUUUGAUGAAAUUGGCGAGUUUUUCAAGAAACUUGAAAUUAUCAACUCCAAAUUCACCUCUAAAGCAGGAGAGUGGGCAAUUUUAUUCUGUUGCAAAGACCAAAAGGUGAAUACACUAGAAGACAUUGAGUAUCUUGAUCUAUCUAGUAGAGAAUUCUUAAAGAUGAAAGAUAUCACAAUCCUGGAGAGACUUACAUCUCUUAAGACAGUAGAUAUUUCAGAUCAUAAAUAUCUACUUUCUUCACUUACUGAAGAGAUUUUAGGAACAGCAGAACUAGAGCAUGAAGGACAAAAAUUUGAAGUUACUAGCCAUUCCCAUAACAUAAACCAAUUUUUAAGCAAGAUGCCUCAAAUUGAGAAUGUCAUAUGUGAUGAUGAAGUAGCAGAGCAUUUUAUUAAAGAAAACAAUGAAGGAAGACUCUCUGAAGUUCUUCCAAAUCUGAAAACCAUCAAUGGAUUUUCAAUUCCAUCCUCAUUCAAGGACUACAAAAUAGAGAUGGAAAUCAAAUAUAUCAUGAAGCACUUGUGGAAAUACACUAACUCUUAUAAGUUCUCAUUAUCAGGACCCACUCAGAAUACAGAAAAUUAUUGGUAUGUUCAAGAUGAAGUUGGCUCCCAUAUCCUGCACAGUGAUGACUACAAUGUAGAAGUGCAUCCAUUCAUUUACUGUAAAGACAUCAUGGAAUUGCAAAGUACUUCAAAUCAAGCAGCUUUUGAUCCUUCAAACAGGAUAACAUACUCAAUUCUUUGGCCAAAGAAGAACAUUGAAAAGGAUUCAAUCCUUUAUAGGGAUUUCUUGCCCAAAAUUGACGAGACAAUGUUCAGGUCUUCUAGGCUUUCUGUAUGGUACGACGUUCCACAAAAAUACUUUGAAGAGCAGCUGGAAUUCCAUAAUAGUGUAGUUGAAAAAGCCAAAACGAAAGUUGAAGCUUUUGAUCAAGCCUUUGCUGAAAAUCAAGAGAAGGAUGACUCCUUCCUCAAUGAUCUAAAGGAGCUAGAUAGACCAGUCAAGCUCUAUUCUGAAUAUUACGAUGCCAUGACUGGAAAAGAUACCUAUAAGAAAUAUCUUGAGCAAGACGAGAAAUUUGAACUUGUAUCAUCUAUCGAAGAUGCAGACGUCGUACUUAGUGCAGUCAACUUCAAGAAAACAGCUUUAGAAAUUAAUCUUGACACUGAAAAGCAUAUCUUUAACCAAUUCCCUUACGAGUCUGUUCUCGUUGAGAAGAGCUUACUCUGUGAUUGUCUUGAGAAAGUCUACGGAAAAUGCAGAUAUUAUCAAGAAAGCUAUCCUUCAACUACUCGACUCCCAGCAUUUAUUGGAAGAUUUUUGGAAAGAGAGGAGAUGAAGCAAGAGAAUACCUGGAUCUGUAAGCCAGUUGGACUUACUAAGAGCAGAGGACAUGUUAUUUCUAGCAACUUAGAGUGCAUUAUUAGGCAAACAGAAACUGAGCCAAGAGUUAUUCAAAAGUAUAUCACCAACCCAUACCUUAUUGAAGGAAAGAAGUUUGAUCUUCGUUAUUGGGUUGUUGUUAGGUCAUUCAGUCCUCUCAAUCUCUAUGUUUACAAAUAUACCUAUGCCAAAGUUGCUCAGGAAGAUUUUGAAAAUACAGAGCUUGGAUUAAUGACAUGGAAGAAGCAAUUCCCAGUCCAAGAUAUGGAUGAAGGGACUUACAAUGAAGUUAUCUUAAAAGAUAAGAUUGUCGAAUCCUUCAAUGCUGCUGAAGAAGACGGUUUUAUGAAAUUUGAAGAAAAAGUGUAUGAAGUUAUUAAAGAGUUAUUCAGAGCAGCUGUAAUCUACAAGCCUGAGAUUCAUCAUGAAAAUUCUCGUGCUUUGUAUGGAAUAGAUAUUCUCCCAGAUACAAAUCUUCAACCAAACCUUCUAGAAGCAACAUUUAUGCCAGAGAUUUCUCGUAUCUGCGGAAUCAACGAUAAAUAUCUAUCAGAGAUUAGCAGAUGCAUGUUCUUAGGAGAAGAAGAAAAUAUGAGAAAAUUAUUCUAA